UGUCGUCAGUUGGAGGCGGUGUGUGAUGAGAUCCUGAACUGCAGUCCAGAGGCUCUCCUUACCCACACUGCCCAGCUGGAGAGUGUUGACCUGGUGCCUGUCUCCCCCGGCGACCAUCUGGUAACUGGCCCACUGUCAAUGUCAAUCAUUUUAACGAACCAAUCAGGUCUGGGACUGGCUCUUACUAACCAAUCACCUGUUAUUGGGCUCUGUCUGUUUCUUCCUCUUCCUUUGCCUCUACCACGUCUCCCUCUACAUUUGUUUAGUCAGAUUGGUCAGAGACAGAGAAAAUCAGAACACCUUCUAUUGAGCCCUGUCUGCAUCUCUCACUUUGUCUGCCUCUACCUUCUGUCUCUACCUUCUGUCUUACUAAUCUGACAUAAGUCCUUUAGGUCAGCCUGGUCGUCCUUUAGGGAUGACUCAUGUUGUCUCCAUCUCUCGCUGCUCUACAUUUCUAACUUACUACUUCUCUCACUCACUGUCCUCCUCAUUUCCCUUCUGUUUAAUCAUCCUCUCUGAUCAUUUCUUCAAACUUCUUGUACACUUCCUCCUCCAGCUCUCACUCACUCAAUCAGUCCUUACUCAACCUUCUCCUUUGUUAUAGGUGUCAACUUUUCUCUCUGUCUCUUUGCUGUUCUCUCUUUCUUCCAUUUUUGCUCGCUCUCACUCAGUUUUCUGUUUUCACUCCGUGACGUUUCACCAACACCACACUUAUUUAUUUUAUAUUCCUCUUUCUGUUCACGUUUUCAGUUUCCUUCCUCUGACAUUUUCGUAGUGCAAAAGCAUUGUGCAAAGUUAUUGCCAUGAAGACAGCACAACCCCAGACACAUACUGAGUGUGACAUAUAUUUGAGUUACAUGAGGUGAAGAAGGAACAGUUCCUGCUCUGCAAGAAAUAAAGAAGCUUAAGAUAGAAAUGUAUGUUCUUAUAUAUACUAUAUACUUAUUUAAAUUAGGAUAAAAGUAUUGACGUUUCAUCAGAAAGGUGAAAACACAUGGCAAGCACCUAGCAAAACAUAUUUCAAGUUCCUUAAAGAAACAAUAUCAAUACCUUACCGUUGAACAAUUUGCCCAUUUUAUGUGCUCAAGUAAACUGAAACGGUGGAAAUCGCCCCCCCCCCCCCCCCCCCCCCCAGUUGACCAUUGGAGGAAGAAUAUGGCUCUAUGCUCCCCCAAGUCAAGUCAGUUGACCGUUGGUGCGAUGUGACCUGUCAAAGAGUGAUUGGUUAGAAUGGACCAUUGGGGUCAUUGGUAAUAGACCUUGGCUGGCUGGGACUAUCCCCUGGGAGCAGAAUAAUGGGUGUUGAAGUGUAUAGAGGAAUGACUGCAGUCUGGUGCAUGUCACAUUGCACUGCAGUGGUUGAAAACCCUGUUGUGUUUUAAAUGCAUGAACCCACUGGGCCAUUAGCCCACUGAUGUGUUUUUAAAAGGCAACUCAAAGGGCAGCGAUCACGUUCACCUCAUCUUUAUUUGAUAUUUUAGACCAAAUGGGAAUUAUGGGGCCACAGUCAGUAGAAUCUCAUAGAAAAUGAAUAUAGAAGUUAUUUCAAAAUCAAUAAAAAUGUUGAUCAUGAUAAACUGAGUAUAGAAGCUCUAUGAUUGAUCUUCUCUAGUGACACCUGCUGCCUAACAGUCUGUUUCUCACCCAAAUCUGGGUUCAGAUAGUAUCUGUAUUCUUUCCUAUCCUUUGAGGUUUUGGUUGAGCCUGCCUGGAGUGCCAAAUCGGCAGUUGAACACUUUUUGGCCAUUUUCAGGUGUUUUGUGGUGGAAAACUGAGCGGGUUGAGCAUAACAUUUACAUUUUUACAUUUACGUAAUUUAGCAGACGCUCUUAUCCAGAGCGAGUUACAAAUUGGUGCAUUCACCCUAUAGCCAGUGGGAUAACCACUUUACAAUAUUUUUUUUUUCUAUUUUAUUUAUUUAUUUUAUUUGGGGGGGGGGGGGGGGGGGGGUAGAAGGAUUACUUUAUCCUAUCCCAGGUAUUCCUUAAAGAGGUGGGGUUUCAAAUGUCUCCGGAAGGUGGUGAGUGACUCCGCUGUCCUGGCGUCGUGAGGGAGCUUGUUCCACCAUUGGGGUGCCAGAGCAGCGAACAGUUUUGACUGGGCUGAGCGGGAACUAUGCUUCCGCAGAGGAAGGGGAGCCAGCAGGCCAGAGGUGGAUGAACGCAAUGCCCUCGUUUGGGUGUAGGGACUGAUCAGAGCCUGAAGGUACGGAGGUGCCGUUCCCCUCACAGCUCCAUAGGCAAGCACCAUGGUCUUGUAACAUAUGCAAGCUUCAACUGGAAGCCAGUGGAGUGUGCGGAGGAGCGGGGUGACGUGAGAGAACUUGGGAAGGUUGAACACCAGACGGGCGGCGGCAUUCUGGAUGAGUUGUAGGGGUUUAAUGGCACAGGCAGGGAGCCCAGCCUGUGCCAGAUGAGGUCAAGUGUAUUGCCUGCCUUGUGAGUAGGGGGGGGGGGGACGGUGAGAGGGUGAGGUCAAAAGAGGAGAGGAAUGGAAAGAAGGAGGCAGAGAGAAAUGAGUCAAAUGUAGACGUAGGGAGGUUGAAAUCCCCCAAAACUGUGAGGGGUGAGCCAUCCUCAGGAAAGGAACUUAUCAAGGCGUCAAGCUCAUUGAUGAACUCUCCAAGGGAACCUGGAGGGCGAUAGAUGACAAGGAUAUUAAGCUUAAAUGGGCUAGUGACUGUGACAGCAUGGAAUUCAAAUGAGGAGAUAGACAGAUGGGUUAGGGGAAAAAUUGAGAAUGUCCACUUGGGAGAGAUGAGGAUUCCUGUGCCACCACCCCUCUGACCAGAUGCUCUCGGGGUAUGCGAGAACACAUGGUCAGACGAGGAGAGAGCAGUAGGAGUAGCAGUGUUUUCAGUGGUAAUCCAUGUUUCCGUCAGCGCCAGGAAGUCGAGGGACUGGAGGGUAGCAUAGGCUGGGAUGAAGUCAGCCUUGUUGGCAGCAGAACGGCAGUUCCAGAGGCUGCCUGAGACCUGGAACUCCAGGUGUGUGGUGCGUGCAGGGACCACCAGGUUAGAGAGGCAGCAGCCACGCGGUGUGAGGCGUUUGUGUAGCCUGUGCGGAGAGGAGAGAACAGGGAUAGGCAGAGGCAUAGUUGACAGGCUGUAGCAAAUGGCUACAAUAAUGCAGAGGAGAUCGGAAUGAAAUGAACUAAACAUCUGGGAAAGGAGAGAGCGGGGCCUCCCUCACCACAACUCCCAAAUAUAACUCUCCCAACUUCCACCUCAGAAACUAUAAUUGUUUCACUGAAACACCCGAAUAAAACUCUCCCAACUUCCACUUUAGAAAUUAGAAUUGUUGUAAACUACAGCGGUUCAAUGUUUCAAGGAAUAGACUCAACUUACUUUAUUCAGCUAGCUAACUAUGACGCCAUAGCUAACUAGCAUGCUAGCAUCCAAUAACACACGGUUUAGCACCAAUACUUGGUUACAACAAACUACCAAUAGUGUGUUAACACACUAAACAGAUAAUUCGUGUCCGUGUCUAGUUCCUUUCAUAACGCAGCAAUAAUUAAACGUUGGCUAGCUAGCACAAAGAUAUUGUAUUUAGCUGCUACAGUACUGCUAGCUGGUAGUGUUGGCUAGCUAGCAAUGGCUGCUGUGUUGACUUUGUUUGAAAAACGGCGUCGCUGCGAACGAAUGUAGCUGGCUAAAAUUAUAUUGUAUUUAGUUGCUAUAGUACUGCUAGCUGGUAGCGUUGGCUAGCUAGCAAUGGCUGCGGUGAUGACUUUGUUUGAAAAACGGCGUCGCUGCGAACGAAUGUAGCUGGCUAAAAGGAUAUUGUAUUUAGUUGCUACAGUACUGCUAGCUGGUAGCUGGUAGUGUUGGCUAGCUAGCAAUGGCUGCGGUGUUGACUUUGUUUGAAAAACGGCGUCGCUGCGAAUGAAUGUAGCUGGCUAGCUAACCUCGAUAGUUACUCUAUACUACACCUUUAUCUUUGAUAAAAUACAACUAUGUAGCUAGCCAACAUUACACUAAUCAAAUCGUUCCAUUGUAAUGUAAUGUGUCAUAUUACCUGCGGAGCGAAGUACAGCAUGACUACUCACCUCGCCUACAUAACACGUCAACCCUGUUACCCAUAGAUAGUAGGGAUGCGCAUCUUUCCCUUUCAAGACAAUUUGAUAUGUAUCCGAUACGAUACAGGAACGAUACGUUUUAGUUUGAAACGAUUUGGUGCGAUUCGGUUUGAUUAGAGGAACGAAUUGAUGUGAUUAGAUGCGAUAUGAUUCGAUGCACCAACAUUUGUUGCACAAACACAUACAUUUUCCAUCUCAAGAGGUUAAAUCCUAUAGUAAGUGCCAAAUAAAGUAUCAGGGUUGAUCGUAACAGGGCAAUGCACUCAUAUCUUAAACACUAUGCAAAAGGUACUCAUUUGGUGCAAUGACCCUAAUAAUACCCAGGUCUGUUCUAGUCUCAUCUGACCAUCAUUAUCAUCUCUCCCUUCAUCUUCAGUCAACAAGAGCUGGGCUGUGUUCAUUAGGCACCAAACGGAAGAAAACUGAAUACUGAAACAGGGAGGGACUACCUGAACAUGUCCAAUAAGAAAUGCUUGUCUUUGUUUCUGUUGCUAAAUGUUUUGCUACGUUGUACACUAAUGAGGGACGUGGCGGUGGCCUUUCAGAUUCAGAUCUAUUCUCAGAUCUGCUCCAGUCAAUAAGUCAUUAUUAGAGGCAUGUCUACAAGCCCCAGGAAUCAUGUGAUGUGUAUUGAUCGUGGCUGGGCCGUGCGUGAUCGUGAUCCACACGGCUCCCCUUAGCGUACCUGCGCAAAUAUCAAGCAGGACCCCAAGGGAGAAAUGACAUGACAUAUGAAUCAGUAUGUACCUACACAUACAGUACAUGACAUUAGAGCCGGAGUAGAAUGAGAUAGGAGAUGUGUAGUAAGAUGUUGAAUAACAUCAGCACUGCAGUACUAGAAGGUAUUGUGUUGUUGUGGCAGGUUGAUGGAUGAUUAACUGUAGUACAUCAGAUACAUUGGGCACAGAACGCAUGGAAUUUCUCUCUCUCUUUAUCUAGCUAUCUUGUUUUUUGUGUUUUUUCUUUUUUUUUCUUUCUGUCUUUCUUUGAAUGUAUUUUACAUUACCAUGCUGUCUCCCUUCCAGGGCAUCGAGAUAACGUCCACUGGCUCCAGUAAUCACUACAUCACAGGCACCACCGCAGAGGUCAGACUCUUUAUUCUCCUCUAUUCUCUCCUUCCCCUCUCAACCCUGUCCUUCAGAGCCCAAUGCCAUGGGCUCUUACCAUGCAUUAGCAUAGAAAUGCACUUUACUUUAAACAAACCCCAUAGGACUAAUGGGUUGCAUUGCCUUGACAUUUGGAAGGUCUGCUGUACUGUGUGGGUGGGUGUACAAUGGGGUCUGAAAUUGACACCCUUGAUAAAGAUGAGCAAUAAUGACUGUAUAAAAUAAAUUAUUCAAAUACUGAGCUAUAUUUUAUGCUCCAAAACAUUUGGACAUGAUCUAAUUUUAUGCUAAUACAAUUGAUAAGAGAAAGAGAUUUUGUUUAGUAAUACUUUUUUUUUUCGCAAAAAGGUAGGUGUCAAUUAUUGACACCCCUAAAGAUUCCUAUAAAUAAAGUAGUCAUAAGUUUACUAUUUGGUUCCACAUUCCUAGCAUGCAAAGACUACAUCAAGCUUGUGACUACAAACUUGUUGGAUGCAUUUGCAGUUAAUUUUGGUUGUGUUUCAGAUUAUUUUGUGUCCAAUAGAAAUAAAAGGUCAAUAAUGUAUUGUGUCAUUUUGGAGUCAAUUUUAUUGUAAAUAAGAGUAGAAUAUGUUUCUAAACACUUCUACAUUAAUGUGGACGCUACCAUGAUUACAGAUACCCCCAAGAUAUGCUAACCUCCCCUGUUAUUGGUAAUGGUGAGAGGUUAGCAUGUCUAGGGGGUAUGACAUUUGUGCGUCUAACUUUAUCAUCAUUAUUCACGAUUCAUUCAGGAUUAUCCGCAAUCAUGGUAGCAUCCACAAUAAUGUAGAAGUGUUUAGAAACAUAUUAUAUUCUUAUUUACAGUAAAAGUGACUCCAAAAUGACACAAUACAUUACAAUUCAUUUCUAUUGGGGACAAAAUAAUCUGAAACAUAACCAAAACAAACUGCAAAUGCAUCCAACAAGCUUGAUUUAGUCAUUGCGUGUUAGGAAUAUGAGACCAAAUACUAAACUUUUGACUACUUAAUCUUUAGGGGUGUCAAUAGCUUUGACCCCUACCUUUGAGAAUAAAAGUAUUACUUGUUAAACACAAUCUCUUUCUGAGUAAUUGUAUUUGUAUAAAAUAAAAUAAUUUCCCCCAUUUUUAUUUUUUUAAGCAAACGAUAUAGCUCAGUAUUUGAAUUAUUUAUUUUAGUCAUUGUUGCUCAUCUUUAUCAAGGGUAUCAAUAAUUGAGUACCCCACUGUAUUUACUGUGUGUGUGUUUCUGUGUGUGCACUGUAGAUUUCUAAAUAACCAUUAGUUAAUCUAGCUAGCUUCAGUCGGCCAUACUGUAGAGGGACAGUUGCCAAGUGCAAGUACUCUGUUAAAACCACAUAUCAGGGGAUUACCACGCUAGAUAGAAUCAGCAGAAAACAUGGGCCUCAUGGCAUCAGCUGUAAGACAGUAUAAUCACAGUAUAAUGAUGCCACUAUUCACUAUAAAGGCGUAAUGUUUAUCACAAGCUGCUACAGUGGGAGGAUUGUUCACACUUCACACCACUCUCGUCAAAAGUAGUCCACUAUAUAGGGAAUAGGGUGCCAUUUGGGAUGCACCCACUGACCUGUCUAAGACUGGUAAUCCUAUGUGGUUGUUACUAAACCUACGGAGUUGCAUACAUUAUCAAGGUUGAUUAGUGAGGAUUUAGUGUUGUGAAAGAGAAUGGGCACUUGAAUGGUCGUUAGUGGAAGGGCUCGCAAGUUAAGCAUUUCACUGUACUUGUGCAUGACAAAUAAAACUUGAAUGGUCUUUUGUGAAAUGUCUUGCUUAAUGAUGUUAUUGACUGGUGGAAGCAGGUCGCUUUUUAUGGCCAGGAGUUUUUCCCUGAUCAUUUUAGGUGGUUCACAUAUGGCUGUGUCUGUCUACUAUUACAGUACAUGUACAUAGGCCUGAAUGGAAUAAAUGCAAUGAUUGUGAUGUGCGGUUAUUGUUUUACCUAACUUACUUGAAUGCACUGAUUGUAAGUUGCUCUGGAUAAGAGCAUCUGCUAAAUGAUACAAAUGUACAUAUAAAAUAGAAUAGAAUGCUGAUCCCACGGGGGGCCAGUAUAAAAAAUAAAUAAAAAAUGUAUGCACUAACUGUAAGUCGCUCUGGAUAAGAGCGUCUGCUAAAUGACGUAAAUGUAAAAAAGAUCAUUCCUACGUGAUCGGUUGGUUGCUUGGCUAUUUUAUUUUAUUACUCUCACAGUUAGAUGAAGGCUUGCCAGGGAAAGGAUAGAGGGAACCAAGCGUUAGUACAGUACAGUCUCUUCUCUGGGACAGCCUUGGAUAGAGAUGUUGUUUUUCCAUGAUGUCAUAAUCAGAAUAUAGACUGACUCCUCUGGCUACUGCUACUGGAGUCUAUCUGAAGCCCUCUGGAUGCAUUCUAGAGAGAGAGAACAGCACAUGCACACUCGGUGCAUGCACAUGUGCACGUACAGUAUGCAUGAUUUAGUACACAAUCCCGCUCAGACUUUUAACCUCUGACCCUAAGUAAGCAUUUCACUGCUGUUUACGAAGCAUGUGACAUAAGAUUUGAUUUGAUUCCUCUUUUAAACCAAUUAAGGUCAGAGGUCAAAUCCCAGCGACAAUGUUACGUCCGUCAUACAUAGUCUAUAGUAGUGUGCGUUUGUGUGUUUAGUUAUUGGCUUGUGUAUUGCAGUCACCCGCUGAGUUCUGUGAGAAGAUACUGGCUGGAGACGAGGUGAUCCAAGUCAAUGACCAGAUUGUGGUGAGUAUUUAGUGUGCUACUUGGAGCCAAGUCUGGACUAGCCAAGCAUGAUGCUAAUAAUGAUACUGAAUAUGACUGUUAUAACAUUAUCUGCCACAGUGGAGAAUUGAUCUGAUAAUUAUCAUUAUCAGAGUAUAUCUGAUCUGCUACCGAUCAAAUGAGAGAGGGGUGAGCAACCAUGGUCCUAGUAAUGUGACUCAAAGGCCAUCGGUGUUAACUGUUCCAUAUUGUUAAUAGAAUCCACGUUCACUCUAUUCCAUUAAAUAAAACAUCUCAUUGAUUUAUUGGGUUAGAAGGAAAAUGGAUCAUAAGGAAAAAGUUAAUUGAUACUAGCAUGGUCGCAAAUCUGUUUGUGCUGUCUUGCCAGACAAUGACCAUAGGAGUUGGCUAGACAGCACAAACAGAUCUGGGACUAGGUUAAAUCAAUACUGUACAACACUGGAAUUUCCAUUAUGUUGAACGUGUAGGUUGCACUGUAUGUUACAACCUUGGUUUCUCAAAUGACUGCCUCGCCUGGUUCACCAACUACUUCUCAGAUAGAGUUCAAUGUGUCAAAUCGGAGGGCCUGUUGUCUGGACUUCUGGCAGUCUCUAUGGGGCUGCCACAGGGUUCAAUUCUCGGGCCGACUCUAUUCUCUGUGUAUAUCAAUGAUGUUGCUCUUGCUGCUGGUGACGCUCGGAUCCACCUCUAUGCGGACGACACCAUUUUGUAUACAUCUGGCCCUUCAUUGGACACUGUGUUAACAAACCUCCAAACGAGCUUCAACGCCAUACAACACUCAUUCCGUAGCCUCCAACUGCUCUAAAAACACUAGUAAAACUAAAUGCAUGCUCUUCAACCGAACGCUGUUGCACCCGCCCACCCGACUAGAAUCACUACUCUCGGUGGGUCUGACCUAGAGUAUGUGGACAACUACAAAUACCUAGGUGUCUGGUUAGACUUUAAACUCUCCUUCCAGACUCACAUUAAGCAUCUCCAAUCAAAAGUUAGAUCUAGAAUCGGCUUCCUAUUUCGCAACAAAGCCUCCUUCGCUCAUGCUGCCAAACAUGCCCUCGUAAAACUGACUAUCCUACCGAUCCUUGACCUCGGCGAUGUCAUUUACAAAAUAGCCUCCAAUACUCUACUCAGCAAAUUGGAUGUAGUCUAUCACAGUGCCAUCCGUUUUGUCACCAAAGCCCCAUAUACUACCCACCAUUGUGACCUGUACGCUCUUGUUGGCUGGCCCUCACUACAUAUUCGUCGCCAAACCCACUGGCUCCAGGUCAUCUAUAAAUCACUGCUAGGCAAAUCCCCGUCUUAUCUUAGCUCACUGGUCACCAUAGCAACACCCACCCGUAGUCUGCGCUCCAGCAGGUAUAUCUCACUGGUCAUCCCCAAAGCCAACACCUCCUUUGGCCGCCAUUCCUUCCAGUUCUCUGCUGCCAAUGACUGGAACAAACUGCAAAAAUCUCUGAAGCUGGAGACUCUUAUCUCCCUCACUAACUUUCGGCGUCAGUUGUCAGAACAGCUUACCGAUCACUGCACCGGUACACAGCCCAACCGUAAUUAGCCCAUCCAACUACCUCAUCCCCAUAUUGUUAUUUAUUUAGCUAAUUUGCUCCCCAGUAUCUCUAUUUGCACAUCAUCUCUUGCACGUCUAUCAUUCAAGUGUUAAUACUAAAUUGUAACUAUUUUGCAAUAUGGCCUAUUUAUUGCCUUACCUCUAUAAUUUAGUACAUUUGCACACACUGUAUAUAUAUUUUCUGUUGUAUUUUUGACUUUGUUUUGUUUACCCCAUAUGUAACUCUGUGUUGUUGUUUUUAUCGCACUGCUUUGCUUUAUCUUGGCCAGGUCGCAGUUGUAAAUGAGGACUUGUUCUCAACUGGCUUACCUGGUUAAAUAAAGGUGAUAUAAAAAAAAAUAAAAAAAAUUAUUGAGCUUGCGCAACACAAAAUAACCAUUGAGAAAGUCCUGAACGUGCAAAACCCACCCAUUUCUCACUUUAGGCAGGCUCAAGCAAACUGAAGGUAUUCGAAAGAUUUCAAAUACUAUUUGAACCCAGAUCUAGGUCAUUAUAGUACUUAACUCUAUAUGAACUCCAACUCCCAUGGUGCUCUGCUUUGUCAGGUUGGCUGGAGCAGGAAGAACCUAGUGAAAAAACUGAAGGAGAACCCCAGUGGGGUGACGCUGGUCCUCAAGAAGGUCCCGGUGUCACUGAGACGCAAAGAGCCAGCCCAACAGCCCCCCUCGCCACAGGUAGGCUGCUGGGGUACAGUGGGAAGCAUACACUGCAAGCGUACAUACACGCAUUCACAUGAGGACGCACACACACACAUUUGCACGCAGGCAGUACACACGCACACACACACACCACCACCACCACCACCAGCACAUACUGGACCCAGGAAACACAUCCAUUUAGACCUAUAGGCUUUCAUAGAGAGGAUUCCCUCUGGCUAACCUUGGAUAACCUCUGGUCACGUGGGUUUAUCUGUUUGUUAUCCCCACUUUCAAUCCUUCAGGCUCUCACCCUGCCGACUGUUUUGUCUCUGUCUAUACCGAAACACACAUCACGGACAUGCGCACACACACACACACACACACACACACACACACACACACACACACACACACACACACACACAUUUUUUCCCUCUCAUACACACACACUUUUAUCAUGCACACACACACAGCUGACUACUCCGCCACCCCUCGUUACAUGACUCACGUGUCAAAGCCAGCCUGUGCCGUAGGCUGAACACUGAGACAGCAAGCCAUGUGUGGGGCGGCAGGUAGCUUAGUGGUUAAGAGCGUUGUGCCAGUAACCGAAAGGUCGCUGGUUCUAAUCCCCGAGCCGACUAGGUGAAAAAUCUGUCGAUGUGCCCUUGAGCAAGGCACUUAACCCUAAUUGCUCCUGUAAGUCGCUCUGGAUAAGAGCGUCUGCUAAAUGACUAAAAUGUAAAUGUAAUGUCAAUCAGUCAUGUGUAUUGAUGCUCGCUGCCUUUAGUGCCCAGAAGCAGGUGUCCUGGUUUUGUCAUUGGCGUCAGGUCCUGUGCGUGUGGUCACGAUACUCCAAACUUUGCAUUUUUAUAAUCCAAUAAUAAUUAUAACAUGUAAAAUAUUUUACUGGCAUGGACAAAUAAUGAAUGGAGUUCAGGGAUUUUGUUGGGAAUUCAGAUAUUCAAUUUAUUGUCAAAUAAAAUAAAAUACAUCUUAGAAUACACUCCUAUAUAGAUAUUGUUAUUAUAUCAGGUAUUUAAAAAAAUACUUUGUGUUUAAAAUAAAGAAAAGUAUAUGUACCUAAUUUGCAUAACUCACACCAGGUGUAUUUGCAUAUAUGAAUAUUAACAUCAAGGGGUGGAACAGGGCUGCAACCACCAACAACUUGUUCUAUCUACCCCACCUGCACUCAGCUGAGCUGUCUAGACUGCCUCAUUAAUUAGUGUUGUUGUCACAUUCUCUUGCAUAAUUUAACAAAUGUGUCAAUAGCAGGACACCCUCAGAUAAAAAAUCAACACACUUGGCUCUAGAUUAUACCUACUUUACAUUGUUUGCGAGAUCAGACAUAAUAUCACUAUAAUCCGAGUGUUCAUUUUCCGAUGUUGCUUUCAUUUCAGCACUUCUAAUUGAUGAACAUUUCAACUAUAUUAAAUUAUUACUUUUUUCAAAUCCACAAAAAAAAACUGUACAACCAUCAAAAUAGUUAUCUUUCUUGACUUUCUUGUGAUAUAAGUGUCGAGACGGUGCGUUAAAUCCCCGAUGAAGCUUUAGCGUUCCUAUAGAUGCAACGGAAAGACAUUGUAUUCCAUUGAGGCCAUUUCAGCCAUUACCGGAGUGUGUUUGACAGGUCAUUACAAACAUUUCCACGGUCAUAAAAGUGUGAAAGAGUCGCAGGAGUAAAAUAAAAGCAAUCAAUCCAGCGAGAUUUAAAUGACAAGUGGAUUUUGCACCCCUCAAACACAGGAAAUAGAUGGCGGAAAAAGACAGAUAAUCAGGUGGGCGGGGCAUGCACGUUGCUAGUAGGUGUGCGCUGCAGGUGAGUGGAGGCUGAAGAGUAGGAUUUUAUAUGGAUGAUAAAAGCUGCCUUUUGUCCUGAGGGCUCAGUUCAGAGACACACACUGUAUUAAAAGGAACUGAGCAGAGUUCACAACUUCACACCCUAUCUCUUCAUCUGAAGUGGGCGGUGGGUUCUCAUAUUUUCUGCUGGCUGGUUUUCAGAAAGAGGAAGAGGAGGAGGAGGAAGAGGAGGAAGGAGAAGAAGAGGGCAACCAGAGACACUCUGUGUUCGAGAGAGUAGCAGCCUCGGUCAGGUCCCUGUCAUUCAGGUGAGUACACACACACACACACACACACACACACACACACACACCAGACAUGAGUACUACUACUUCAGUACUUCCUCUGUGUAUAUAUAUGUAGCGCUGAAAUACUCCAUUUUACACAACCAUUUAACAUAUUUUUUAUCUUCAUCAAAUGAAGUCCAGUAUUUUUCAAUGAAGAGAGAUGUUAUUUUUUCUCCUACUUAACAUAUUUUAGGCAGAAACUCUUCAGUUGUUUGAGCCUAAAACCUCUUUCCUGUCUGUAAUGGCUGAUUUUAAAAAGAAAUGUCCGAAAUGUUGCCUCUCACACAACUUGUCUGACCUGUUGGAAACAGACAGCAUGACUCUGUAAUGGACCAAUGAAGGUCAUGUUGCAAAUGCCAGUAAGGCUGUCAUAGGCUGUCAUUGACCAUAAUACUCGCCCACCCACAGCAUACUGGAAACCAACCAGUAAAUUAUAUUGUGUCCUGUGCUACUGUCUGAAAAUCAUUUGACUCACAAUCUCACAUUGAUCUCCUAUGUGAGUGGAGACGAAUUCUGACUUCUGAUGAGUUUUUGUUAAAAUGAUAUAUCCAGAUUUAAUGGCACUUUAAAGGGGAAGUUUGCCUUAAAAUGAAAGUUUGUCAGUUGCUUUCAUAACCUCCACAAUGGUCUUACAAUGAUAUUAUUUAAUAUUCACCACCUCGAAAAAUACAAAUGUAACACAUGAAGUUAGGGUAUUUCCUGCUUCAGGCUUCUAUGUCAAUGUUAUAGUUCUUGGCCCCUCCAACUCUUUAGUGAUGGUGUUGUGUGUGAGACUUCCUAAACCCAGAGGCCCAACAUCACGAAACUUCCGGGAACGCUUGCGAAGCAGACUGCAGACCAGAUUGGGGUUUGAGAAGUCAAUGAGAGAAGUGAAAAAUGAUUCCUUUUAGUUGUACAUUUUCUCCAAAUCUAAAGGCACAACCUAGAUUUGAGACAAUGUCUUAAGUAGCUGACCAUGUUAUUACUCCAACCUCAUGAAAGUAACAAACUGACACGUUUUCAUUUUUGUCAAAAACUAUUUUACAUCGAAGGAAUGCCUUUGAUUUGACGGCCUGCACAUGCGCAGUUCGACCAUUACACCGAUGACGUGUUUCUGCGCAUGAGCUUAGCUAGCCAACGUCACCAUGACAUCACCUACAAGCACGAUUGAAGAUUUCUAUUAGAAGCAGUUUCUACAUAUCUUCAUACUAAACCAGCUUUGGUGUUAGUGUGACUAAGUGUGCCCCCUCUUCCCCUCAAUCCCAGGUGUGGUGUGCAGGGCUGAGAUAUAGUGUUACAUUUACAUUACAUUUUAGUCAUUUAGCAGACGCUCUUAUCCAGAGCGACUUACAGGAGCAAUUAGGGUUAAGUGCCUUGCUCAAGGGCACAUUUACGUCAUUUAGCAGACGCUCUUAUCCAGAGCGACUCACCAAUUGGUGCGUUCACCCUAUAGCCAGUGGGAUAAUCACUUUACAAAUUUUUUUUGGGGGGGGUAGAAGGAUUACUUUAUCCUAUCCCAGGUAUUCCUUAAAGAGGUGGGGUUUCAAAUGUCUCCGGAAGGUGGUGAGUGACUCCGCUGUCCUGGCGUCGUGAGGGAGCUUGUUCCACCAUUGGGGUGCCAGAGCAGUGAACAGUUUUGACUGGGCUGAGCGGGAACUAUGCUUCCGCAGAGGAAGGGGAGCCAGCAGGCCAGAGGUGGAUGAACGCAAUGCCCUCGUUUGGGUGUAGGGACUGAUCAGAGCCCGAAGGUACAGAGGUGCCGUUCCCCUCACUGCUCCAUAGGCAAGCACCAUGGUCUUGUAGCGGAUGCGAGCUUCAACUGGAAGCCAGUGGAGUGUGCGGAGGAGGGGGGUGACGUGAGAGAACUUGGGAAGGUUGAACACCAGACGGGCUGCGGCAUUCUGGAUGAGUUGUAGGGGUUUAAUGGCACAGGCAGGGAGGCCAGCCAACAGCGAGUUGCAGUAGUCCAGACGGGAGAUGACAAGUGCCUGGAUUAGGACCUGUGCCGCUUCCUGUGUAAGGCAGGGUCGUACUCUCCGAAUGUUGUAGAGCAUGAACCUGCAGGAGCGGGUCACCGCCUUGAUGUUGGCGGAGAACGACAGGGUGUUGUCCAGGGUCACGCCUAGGCUCUUCGCACUCUGGGAGGAGGACACAGCGGAGUUGUCAACCGUGAUGGCGAGAUCAUGGAACGGGCAGUCCUUCCCCGGGAGGAAGAGCAGCUCCGUCUUGCCAGGGUUCAGCUUGAGGUGGUGAUCCGUCAUCCAUACUGAUAUGUCUGCCAGACAUGCAGAGAUGCGAUUCGCCACCUGGUUAUCAGAAGGGGGAAAGGAGAAGAUUAGUUGUGUAUCGUCAGCGUAGCAAUGAUAGGAGAGGCCAUGUGAGGAUAUGACAGAGCCAAGUGACUUGGUGUAUAGGGAGAAAAGGAGAGGGCCUAGAACUGAGCCCUGGGGGACACCAGUGGUGAGAGCACGUGGUGCGGAGACAGCUUCUCGCCACGCCACUUGGUAGGAGCGACCAGUCAGGUAGGACGCAAUCCAGGAGUGAGCCGCGCCGGAGAUGCCCAGCUCGGAGAGGGUGGAGAGGAGGAUCUGAUGGUUCACAGUAUCAAAGGCAGCAGACAGGUCUAGAAGGACAAGAGCAGAGGAGAGUGAGUUCGCUUUAGCAGUGCGGAGAGCCUCCGUGACACAGAGAAGAGCAGUCUCAGUUGAAUGACCAGUCCUGAAACCUGACUGGUUUGGAUCAAGAAGGUCAUUCUGAGAGAGAUAGCAAGAGAGUUGGCUAAAGACGGCACGCUCAAUAGUUUUGGAAAGAAAAGAAAGAAGGGAUACUGGUCUGUAGUUGUUGACAUCAGUGGGAUCGAGUGUUGGUUUUUUGAGAAGGGGAGCAACUCUCGCUCUCUUGAAGACGGAAGGGACAUGGCCAGCGGUCAAGGAUGAGUUGAUCAGCGAGGUGAGGUAGGGGAGAAGGUCACCGGAGAUGGUCUGGAGAAGAGAGGAGGGGAUGGGGUCAAGCGGGCAGGUUGUUGGGCGGCCUGCAGUCACAAGUCGCAGGAUUUUAUCUGGAGAGAGAGGGGAGAAAGAAGUCAAAGCAUAGGGUAGGGCAGUGUGAGUAGGACCAGCAGUGUCAUUAGACUUAACAAACGAGGAUCGAAUGUUGUCAACCUUCUUUUCAAAGUGGUUGACGAAGUCAUCCACAGAGAGAGAGGCGGGGGGGGGGAGGAUUCAGGAGGGAGGAAAAUGUGGCAAAGAGCUUCCUAGGGUUAGAGGCAGAUGCUUGGAAUUUAGAGUGGUAGAAAGUGGCCUUAGCAGCAGAAACAGAUGAAGAAAAUGUAGAGAGGAGGGAGUGAAAAGAUGCCAGGUCGGCAGGGAGUUUAGUUUUCUUCCAUUUCCGCUCCGCUGCCCGGAGCUCUGUUCUGUGAGCUCGCAAUGAGUCAUCAAGCCACGGAGCUGGAGGGGAGGACCGAGCCGGCCGGGAGGAUAGGGGACACAGAGAGUCAAAGGAUGCAGAAAGGGAGGAGAGGAGGGUUGAGGAGGCAGAAUCAGGAGAUUGGAGGGAGAAGGAUUGAGCAGAGGGAAGAGAUGAUAGGAUGGAAGAGGAGAGAGUAGUGGGAGAGAGAGAGCGAAGGUUGUGGCGGCGCAUUACCAUCUGUGUAGGGGCAGAGUGAGUAGUGUGGGAGGAGAGCGAGAGAGAAAAGGAAACAAAGUAGUGGUCGGAGACAUGGAGGGGAGUUGCAGUGAGAUUAGUAGAAGAGCAGCAUCUAGUAAAGAUGAGGUCAAGCAUAUUGCCUGCCUUGUGAGUAGGGGGGGACGGUGAGAGGGUGAGGUCAAAAGAGGAGAGAAGUGGAAAGAAGGAGGCAGAGAGAAAUGAGUCAAAUGUGGACAUAGGGAGGUUGAAAUCCCCCAAAACUGUGAGGGGUGAGCCAUCCUCAGGAAAGGAACUUAUCAAGGCGUCAAGCUCAUUGAUGAACUCUCCAAGGGAACCUGGAGGGCGAUAGAUGACAAGGAUAUUAAGCUUAAAUGGGCUAGUGACUGUGACAGCAUGGAAUUCAAAUGAGGAGAUAGACAGAUGGGUUAGGGGAAAAAUUUAGAAUGUCCACUUGGGAGAGAUGAGGAUUCCUGUGCCACCACCCCUCUGACCAGAUGCUCUCGGGGUAUGCGAGAACACAUGGUCAGACGAGGAGAGAGCAGUAGGAGUAGCAGUGUUUUCAGUGGUAAUCCAUGUUUCCGUCAGCGCCAGGAAGUCGAGGGACUGGAGAUUAGCAUAGGCUGGGAUGAAGUCAGCUUUGUUGGCAGCAGAACGGCAGUUCCAGAGGCUGCCUGAGACCUGGAACUCCAGGUGUGGGGUGCGUGCAGGGACCACCAGGUUAGAGAGGCAGCAGCCACGCGGUGUGGGGCGUUUGUGUAGCCUGUGCAGAGAGGAGAGAACAGGGAUAGGCAGAGGCAUAGUUGACAGGCUGUAGCAAAUGGCUACAAUAAUGCAGAGGAGAUCGGAAUGAAAUGAACUAAACAUCUGGGAGGGUAGAGAGCAGGGCCUCCCUCACCAAAAACUUCUACUUCUAACAACUAUAAUUGUUUCACUGAACCACCCGAACAAAAACUCUACCAACUUCCACCUUUAGAAAUCAGAAUUGUUGUGAACCACAUCGAUUCAAUGUUUAAAGGAAUAGACUCAACCCACUUUAUUCAGCUAGCUAACUAUGACACCAUAGCUAACUAGCAUGCUAGCAUCCAAAUACACACAGUUUAGCACCAACACUUGCAUCCAAAAACACACAGUUUAGCGCCAACACUUGGUCACAACAAACCACCAAUAGUGUGUUAACACACUAAGCAGAUAAUUCGUGUCCGUGUCUGUUGGCUAGCUAGCAAUGGCCACUGUGUUGACCUUGUUUGAAGAACGGCUAGCUAGCUAGCUUCGUGCUACCCCCGGCACCGCCGAACAACAAUGCCAACCCACAGUAACUAACCACAACAGCCCACGAUGCCUAGCUAUGACGCCAUAGCUAACUAGCAUGCUAGCAUCCAAUAACACACAGUUUAGCACCAAUACUUGGUUACAACAAACUACCAAGAGUGUGUUAACACACUAAACAGAUAAUUCAUGUCCGUGUCUAGUUUCUUUCGUAACGCAGCAAAAAUUAAACGUUGGUUAGCUAGCACAUUAACAUUGGAAACAACUCUCCACCGUUGCACUAAACAGAUAAUUACCAAUAAACGUUACCAGUAGCUACCCGCUAGCUAGCUAGCAUACCAAGACUGUGUUAACACACAAAACAGAUAAUUCAUGUCCGUGUCAAGUUCCUUUCAUAACGCAGCAAAAAAAAAAUAACGUUGGCUAGCUAGCACAUUAGCUAGCACAUUAACAUUGGAAACCGCUCUCCACCAUUGCACUAAACAGAUAAUAACCAAUAAAAGUUACCAGUAGCUACCCGCUAGCUAGCUAGCCUCGUGCUUCGCCGGGCUCCGCCGUAACAAUACUUAAACAAUAUGUAAACAAUACUUACCUACAAUAAUUGCCUACGGAAACCUACAAUAACUACCUAAAUAAACUACCUACCUACGAUCUAAAUACAUGGUUUAAGCUUUACUCAACACCAUAUGAGAAGCCAAGCUUACCUCCUGCUAGAGAAAAACACAACCUCUCCCGACGAAGUCUGCAUCACGUAAGUCUGUGGAUGGAUAGUGUUAAUGUGGUAAAGUAUGCCCCUCUACCUGUAUGUAGGGCUGCAGUUCAAGGGCCAGUGGAUAUCCAGCCCAUGGGCCAGGAGAAAUCGGAGCUGUCCAGCGACAGGGGAUUGGACGGCAGCCUGAUAUACACAUCACACCCCGUCCACCAGGGGGACCUCUCAUACCUGUCAUCAGGUCGGAAACCAUAGACAUGACCAUAAAUGGAGAAGGGUUCCCACUUGAUAGCCAAGCUGAAAAGUCAAAAUUGGCUAAAUUGUAAACAUUUCUGAAAACAAAAUUGAGCUUUUUGGUCUUUAUUUAAGGUUAGGCAUAAUGUUAGCAGUGUAGUUAAGGUUAGGGUUAAGUUUAAAAUCAAAUUUAAAGAAGAUAAAUUGUAUAACAAUUAGCCUGGGCAUCCGACUUUGCAACUUGGCCAGAUAGUGACAAUCUGGUAGAACUUGUUCUGGGGCACACUGGCAUUACAAUAAAUGGUAAUAAUGUAAUAAUAGUUAUCUUAUUGAUUCCCUUUUUUCAUUUGAACAAGCGUCACUAUGUAUCGUUCAAGUAAGUAUCAGAAAUAAGUACAGUUUGAACUUGUCUUCAGACGACACCGCUUAUCGUCAUAACUUUUCAGAAGAUAGCCUACCAAGGCCCUGUUCAGUUAAUCUCAGCAUCCAAAACCAGUUGGUAAGAAACAAGAGGAAAACAGGAAAGAACAUUGAAGAAUUUAGCCAAUAAAGGGAGGAAUUUUCCGCUUGAAAACCUUUCUAAAUAUUUUUGCUACUGAGCAUGACCCUAAAUACCAGCUAAAGUAAGACUUUUGGAGACAGAAUGUUAGUUGUUGCAUUUAGUAGUGACUGUAAUUGUGCUGUGUUGUAUAAAAAGUGUUCUCACCUGUGUGUGUACGCAUGUGUCUGUCCUAGGAGAAGCCGAGGGUUUGGAGGGGUCCAGGCUCAGCCCCGGGCCGAGGGGAGAGGCCUCUGCGCCCUCCAGAAGUCCGUCCCCCCGGGUAAUAGAGCUAGGCAGAGCCAGCAUCAGUUCCAUUAGUUCCUGCCCUGAGAUGGGCGGACAUAUGGUGAGAGAGACACACACACACACAGUUUUAUGGUGAUGGUUAUGAUGGGGAUGAGGUUUGUUUCUGUAGUCGCGCUCUACAUGUGAUGUUUUAAUGUGUUGCAUGUGAGCUUUUUGGAAAGACAAUUUGGAUAGACAAUUACGUUUUUUCAGACUGAAUUGAAUUGAGCACAAGUUCUCUGCUGUUUUCAUUUUAGGAGGAUAAAGAACCAAAAAAUGUGUCUAGAAAAGGUAAGUUUGGGUUUUCAAAAUCAGUUUUCCUUAUUUAUUUAGAGUACUUUACAUGUACUGUACCUAUUUUCACAACCGGUAUUUCGAUGUGCAUGAGAUUGUGGUACCUUGACUUUGACACCCUCUCCCGUCGCCCCCCCACCCCCCUUAGGUACGCGUACAGCGAUGAGCAGGCGGCGUGUGUCGUGUCGUGAGCUGAGUCGGCCCGAGUGUGACGGCUGGCUGUGGAAGAAGAGGAAGGAGAGCAGUGUGUUCAUGACCCAGAAGUGGCAGCGUUUCUGGUUCGUCCUCAAAGGCCCCACUCUCUACUGGUACACCAGUCAGCAGGUGAGGUCCUUUGUUUUAUUAGUUAUAAAUAUUAACUGUUCUAUUAACUGUUUAAUUGACUGUAUUAACUGUUUUAUUAGUUAUAACUAUGUUACCAGUGCUAACCCAGUUGAGCCCCCCCAACUCCCCACACAUCCCCCCUCAAAAAGGGUCAGGAAAGAAAAACCGUUAAACACAAUCAUGUAUGAUGCUUUAAUAUUCCAGGACUUGAUAACUGUUCAGGAGGGUGCAUACAUAAUGGUGUAGAUUGUAUGGUAUUGUGUAGACCAGAUAGGAUUGUCUGUCAUGAAGAAAAUGGGGAAUCAUGGCAGCUUUAUUCAUGACAUUUCUAUCAAAACGUUUCACUUCACUGAAUGUACCCCAAGUGAACACAAUCUUAUGAGUGUAUUAAUCUUAUUGCGUUGACAGAGACAAUGCACAUGAAUCAGCAUUCUACACCUCAUAUCAAUGUAUAGUAAAAGUGCUUGUGUUAGCCAUAAAAGUUAGUUUUCAUCUGAUGUCCUUGGCCAGGUUACAGCAGAUAAUAGACAAUAUGCAUUUAUUAUUAUUAUAUUACAAUAUGCACAUAUUAUACACAGUAUCUCAUUGGCAGGUUUAUGCACAUAAUGUGAUGGAGGACCAAUAAUAACAUGGCUCAGAGAGUUGCAUUUAUCACUAUGACUGUGAUAAUAUUAUUGCAUUUGGUUGUGGUAGCACACGGUUCAGUUUUAUCUAGCUAAACAGGUUUACACUGUGCAAUGUGAUUUGGCAUUAUCUGUAUGUCUUUUAUGCCUGGUAAUUGUGAUAAGCAUUGCCUCUUAUGAGGCAGUCCUUAUCAAAACUACCAGGCACAAAAGACGUUAGAAGAGACGUAUACUUAUUUUCAACGACGUGCUCACUGUAUAGAAUUCUUCUACAUCUGCAUUGCUUGCUGUUUGGGGUUUUAGGCUGGGUAUCUGUAUAGCACUGUAUACAUCUGCUGAUGUAAAAAGGGCUUUAUAAAUACAUUUGAUUGAUUGGAAAUGCAGUAGCCUGGUUAAAGUGGACUGAACACUCGUAGGGUUCAGUGUGGAGUAACCAGGCUAUAAUGGCUGCAGUAGUUGUGGUUGAUUAACCUAUUUCUUUCUUUGUCAUUGUCAGGAAGAGAAAGCGGAGGGCCUGGUUCAGAUCUCCAGCUACAACAUAGAGGGUGCAGGAGAACAUAAGAGGAAG